AUGCAGGGUUAUGAUGGUGAUUUGGAAGAGAUCAUGGUUGAACUUGAAGAAAGUAGAAGAAAACUAGUCAAUUUGAAAAUGCAAAGGGAUGCUGCAGUUGGGAUGCAUACUCCGGCUCCAAGUGCAGUAAAUGGAAACUUGUCACCUGAAAAGACUACAGAUAGGUCGAAGCGUUUUUGGGAAUUGAGGGAUUCCCUUGACGAGAUGAAGAUUCUGGCAGCUGACCGUCUUUCUGAGCUUGAAAAUCAGACCUUAUCAAAAGAAUUGGAAGAUCUUGAGGAUGAACUCAAGGAUGACAAACAUAUACAUUCAUCUCAUCUCUACAGUUUAGUAAAGGAUCAGCUCCAGCAUUGGAAUGAUGAAGUGGAAAGAUACAAAACGCUGACAGAUUCUUUGCAGGAUUUUUUUUUCCUAAAUGUUCUUGAAAUAAAAGAAUCUGAAUGUAGGGCUCAUUCCCAAGCUGAAGUUCUGAAAAGUUCAUUGGAUGAACACAGUCUAGAGUUGAGAGUCAAAGCUGCUAUUGGGGCUGAGGCUGCUUGCCAUCAAAGGCUUUCUGCUACUGAAGCUGAAAUAGCUGAAUUAAGAGCUAAACUGGAUGCUUCUGAACGAGAUGUUUUUGAGCUUAAAGAAGCCAUCAAAAGUAAAGAUAAGGAGGCUGAGAGCAUUGGCCAAGCAUAUGAAGAUAUGCAGACACAAAACCAACACUUAUUGCAGCAAGUCGGUGAGAGGGAUGACUACAAUAUCAAGCUGGUAUCUGAGAGUGAAGACAAAGCAAGCAAAGCUUUCUGCUGUCCGAGAAGCAAGCACUGGCAAAGCACCUUCAACAAGUUAAUGCAUCAGUGGAAUCAUUAAAAUCGAGGAUUGCUCACAGUGAAGAGCAGAUGAAACAUUAUGUGAUUGAGGCAGUUAGAUCCACUAAAGAAGACAGACAUGUUGCAAUCAAUCUUGAAAGUGCACUGUUGGAAUUAAUGGAUGCUGAGAAGGAGUUGAAGUGGCUUAAAUAUGCUGUUUCUUCUUCUCAGGAGUAGUGUGACCAGAUCCAGAAGAAGAUAGAUGAAAUCCAAACAGAACUGGUCAGUGAAAG